AUGCGAGAGCGAGCGAAGGGAGGGGUGAGCGCGUACGCGCCGUUCGUGGAGUCGCUGUACGAACACACGCCGGCGAGGGCGGUGGAGACGUCGAGAGCGGCGCGCGCGCGGUUGGAGGGACACGCGGCGGCGGAGACGAUGAGAGAGUACGAACGAGACGCGGAGGAUGGAUGGCGAGCGGCGCGAAGGACGUUUGAGACGUUUCCAUCGAUUUUUUCCGUUCAUGAAUUCACGCGCGCGGCGUUCGAGGAGGCGUUGGCGAUCGUUCGCGCGAACUCUUUCGAGGCGAGGAGCGAAGACGGGACGCGCGCGCGCGCGCUCGUGCCGAUGGCGCAUUUGCUUUUGCACGACACCGGGAGCGAGGUUCCGUGCGUGAAGAUCGUAGACGGUGUGUUCGUCAUAAACGUUGACGAGCACGAAGAGGGAGACGAGUUGUCGUGCAGUCACGGUGAUUAUUCCGACGCCGAGACGUUUGCACGAUUCGGCGUGAGCGCGUUUUAUUCAGCCGAGAAGAACGCGAGAAAUAAGAUAAAGUUUGCGUUUCCGAGCGAAAUUUAUUCCAUGAAAAGCUUAGAUCGAUGUGGAUCCGUCGAAAAUAUCGCAUUCACGGACGCGGGUGCGACGGAAGAGUUUAUGUGCGCCUUGAGACUCGCCUCGGCGAAUGAAACCGAAUGGGCCGCAAUCUCAAAGUCUAAAGCCAGCGUUCGAGCGCUUCGUAAGAAACCGCUGAGUGAGGAGAGCGAGAUAGCGGUUUACGAAGCAUUAUUUGCCACGCUCACCGAGUUACUGAACUCCUACCCAUCGAGCGAUAACGAAGACGAGCGAUUAUUACAAAGUCGGACGCUGCAGUCGGCGCCCGACGAGGAGCGCGCGGUGACGAUUCGUCUUCGAGAGAAACGUCUCGCGCUGAGUAGUUUGAAUGCUGUCCAAUACGCCGGUCGUCAACAACUCGGCGGUUUGUUGUUCGACAAGCAUUUUGCCGACGUGUUACCGUCUCCUGUCAACGUGCGGCAGACAAACGGAUGA